AUGGCCAAUCUACUCAAAGAUUUCUUGGACAGUCACGAAGAAGAGAAGCCGACGCCGCAGUGCCUGAUGAGAAUACAACGUGACCUCGCGGAACUGCACGCCGACCCUCCGCCGGGCGUUUUCGCGGCGCCCGAAGAGAGCGACGUAUCCGUCAUCCACGCCGUCAUUGUGGGCCCGUGGAACACUCCGCUCGAAGGCGGCCUCUUUCAUAUAGUAUUCAAACUCCCGCCCGACUAUCCGAUGCGGUCGCCUCAUGCAUUCUUCGUGACCGGAGUCGAGGCCAUGGUGUCCUUUCACAAUCAUAUCCGCUGGGGCAACAUUUGCCCCAGCGCACAAGGCACGUAUGGCGGGAUGAGUUGGAGCCCGGCGCAGACCAUCGGCAGCCUGCUGGUGUCCAUACAGUCCUUGCUGGCCGACGGCGCCGCGGAGCGAAUGCGCCUUAACGCGGUCAGCAUCGCGGUAUGCGACACGCUCGAAGGCUGCCUGAAGGAGCUGCCCGCCCCGGAUGCGAUGCCGCCGCCUCUGAAGAAGCAAGUCCUCAAGUACUUCGUCGACAACUACGCCAAGUACGAGGACUCGGUCAAGGCGCAGAUCGGUUCCUCUACUGGACCAUUCUCGUGGUUUUCAGGGAACAGCUGUUACGAGCAGCUUCUCCAGCGACUCCGGUACAUCAAGAAGGAGGUCGACGAAAAGAAGGCGGCCGAUGGACAGCAAAAUAACGACUUCUCUCUUCCGGCGGUGACGCAGAGCAGACAGGCAUAA